AUGGGGAAUUCAGCAGGCUGCAUCGCAUGCCUCAUGUCAGCAUCUCCCUCCAACUCUCACAGCAAUGAAGCUGUCGAGGCCGAGUCCAGUCGCAAUCCAUACGAGUCGCCAUACGUCGAGUCUCCGGUCGACGACAACCGUGAUGGUGACCUAAACACGCACCUCUCGUUCAAGUCCAACGUCCGAACCUCGUCUGCAUAUCUACCCUCGCCCCUGUCGACCAGCCGUAGCCCGUCCCCUGCGUAUGGUCACACAUCGCAUCUACAACAGCGCCGUGUCAGCUCGCGUUCUCCCGUCCAGCCCACUACUGCCAACAUCCUCUCCUACCUCAACACUCCGGCCGUCGCACAAGAUGCAAAAGACCCCUCAGCUCUAGACUGGUAUGUCGAGGGUCCAGGUCGCCGUGUUGGCUACGACAACCUGACUGCCAUCGACUGGAUAUUUGAAUACGCAAAAGAAAGACAACGCUUGAGAGUGCUGCGAUCCAACGCAGUUGGCCUGUUAGGAUACUUUCAACUACUCGCCGACAACAGUCAGACUUGGAUCAUCUUGGUCGCUACUGGAAUCGCUGUCGGUACUAUUGCUGCUGCCAUCGACAUCACCAGUGGCUGGUUGGGCGACCUCAAGGUUGGCUACUGCAGUAACGUCAAAGACGGUGGAAAGUUCUAUCUGAACAGUGCUUUCUGUUGCUGGGGUCAAAAAGACUAUCAAUCAUGUCCGGACUGGCAGUCAUGGAGUCAUGGAAUGGGUGUCACAUCUAGCGCUGGCAGCUGGAUUAUCAACUUUGUUUUGUACCUUGGCUACUCGGUCUUGUUUGCUUCUGUCGCUACAUGUCUCGUCACUAGAUUCUCAUCAUAUGCCAAGCAAAGUGGUAUACCCGAGAUCAAGACUGUACUUGGAGGGUUCGUAAUUCGUCGCUUCAUGGGCAUCUGGACCUUGGUCACCAAGUCUGUCGGCCUAUGUCUUGCAGUGGCUUCUGGUUUGUGGCUUGGCAAGGAGGGCCCGCUUGUUCAUGUCGCCUGCUGUUGCGCCAAUCUGUUCAUGAAGCCUUUCGAAAGUAUCAACAGCAAUGAGGCUCGUAAGCGUGAGGUCUUGUCCGCCGCUUCUGCUUCUGGAAUCUCGGUCGCUUUCGGUGCACCCGUUGGUGGUGUACUGUUCAGUCUCGAGUCUCUCUCGUACUACUUUCCCGACAAGACCAUGUGGCAGUCGUUUGUCUGCGCCAUGAUUGCCGCCUUCACUCUCAAGGCAGUCGAUCCCUUUCGUACUGGCAAGACCGUGCCAUACUCUGUGACGUAUCAUACUGGCUGGCACGGUUUCGAAAUGGUUGCAUACGCCAUAAUCGGUGUACUUGGAGGCCUCUAUGGCGGGCUACUAAUCAAGCUGAACAUGCAUCUGGCGGCACUUCGAGACUCACCUCGUUACCCACUAAAGGGUAGACCCAUACUAGAGGUCUGCAUAAUCACCAUCGCCACUUCUGUCAUCGCCUUUCCCGUCACCUUUCUGCGCGCUCAAGCUUCUGAAUUGGUCUACUACCUCUUUGCAGAGUGCAAAGACAUUCAGUCUGACCCUCUUGGUCUAUGCAAGAGUGGAAUCGCCAACACUGGAGUCAUCUUCUUGCUGCUCAUUUCAGCCAUUAUCGGCUUCUUCUUCACAGCCUUGACCUUUGGUCUUCAAAUCCCCGCCGGAAUCCUACUGCCAUCAAUGACCAUUGGCGCCCUUUAUGGCCGUGUCAUAGGUCUCAUCGUCGAAGUCUGGCAAAGCGAACAUCCUAAGUGGAUCGUUUUUGCUUCUUGCGAGCCCGACGUUCCAUGCAUUACUCCUGGGACUUAUGCCAUUGUCGGAGCAGCUUCUGCUCUUGCUGGCGCAACCAGAAUGACUGUUUCCAUUGUGGUCAUCAUGUUCGAACUUACCGGUGCUCUUACUUACGUCCUUCCCAUCAUGAUCGCUGUCAUGAUUGCGAAAUGGGUUGGUGACGCGCUGGGCAAACGCGGUAUCUACGAAGCCUGGAUCGCGUUCAACGAAUACCCAUUUCUCGACAACCGCGACGACAGACCUAUCCCUGAUAUCCCAGUCUCGCAGAUCAUGACAAGACUGGAAGAUCUAGUCACCAUUACUGCUGAGGGCAGCACAAUCGAAUCUCUGGGCAACUUGCUCAAGGAAUACUCGUACAGGGGUUUCCCAGUAAUCUCGAAUUCUCACGAUGCGAUAUUACUUGGUUAUAUCUCAAGAACGGAAUUGUCUUUUGCUUUGACCUCCGCAACCACGACGAGAAACCUGCCACCACAUACCCAGUGCUUCUUCUCCCAUCAACCUCUUGCCGAUGUAGAACAUACCCUCGACCUCCGCCCUUGGAUUGACCAAACACCCAUAACCCUAAACUCAGCCAUCGGAUUAGAGUUGUGUGUCAACUACUUCCAACGGCUAGGACUUCGAUACCUAGGCUUCUGCGAUAGAGGUGUUUUGAAAGGUUUGCUUACCAAANAAGAUGUUUGGUUCGUUGUCAAUGGAGGAGACGAGAGUGGAGGGAGGGUUGCUGGAGCUAGAGAGGAUGAGGAUGCGCAUAGGAGGGUUAGAGGUAUUGGGAGUGGUGUGCUCAGAGAAGGCGAUGAAGGUGAAGAGAGGGGAUUGCUGUAUGAAGGUAGAGGUGGUGCCAGUGAAGAGCAUGAUGUUGAUCUAGGCGAUGCUAGAGGACCGGCAUGA